AUGCCGCCGGCCAUUGUGUACACAGACAUGGCCGACUCGGCUAAUGUCCAGGGCAGUGUAUUUGCUGACAAGAACUUCUUCAUCGUGCAGCGUGUGCCGCAACGCUCACAUUACAUCUCGCUGGUCGAGAGUAAUGGCGGCAGAGUCGUCAAACUCGAGGCCCAGGCCGACUACCUCAUCGCCGACCACAUGCGUCACGAUGCCCCUGCUGGCUCGCUGAGUUACAAGUUCAUUGAAGAAUCCAUCAAGCAAGGAGAAAUGCCCGAGGACGAAUCUGCUUUCCUCGCUGGACGCCGUAAAUCCGCAAACCCCGUCACUACUGCUGUCGCAUCAUCUUCUAAGAAGUCGACAAGGACCCCCUUCACUGACGAUGAUGACAAGUUGCUGUACAAGUGGGUUCACAACGCUAAAGAGGAAGGACUGGCUACCCAGGGCAACUCCCUCUAUCAAGUACUCGCCGCCCACAACCCAAGACACACCUAUCACUCAUGGCGUGACCGCUACCUCAAGGUCCUGUCCACAAGGCCUCCACCUGGCUGGGAAUCUUAUCCCGACGAGGACCUACCCGCAAUCGACUCAUCCAUCGCCGACAUCCCUUCGACUGCUGUCCCUCGCUCUACUGCUGUCAACAGAUCUGCUUCCCGCUCAGCCUCAGCAACAAAAUCUCCUUCCAAAGCCCAAGAUGAUGAAGAAUUGGAAGCUUGGGUGAGGAAACAGGCAGGACUCGGAGCUUCAAUCAAUGGAAACGCCAUAUACAAAGAGCUGGAAAAGAGGAAUCCGCGUCACACUUUUCACUCUUGGAGAGAUCGCUGGGUCAGGCACCUUUCGCUCAGAGAUCCUGUGGAUGAGGAAGAAGAAGAUCUUGAAGAUGCACAUCCUGUCGACGAAGACCACGCUUCUGCUCGACGUGAUCCUUCACCUGAGCCGCCGAUCAGCAAGCCACCAGUGAAGCGCUCAACUUUCAGGGUUCCACCGGGAGCAUCUGCAUCUGCAGACAGUUCCAAGAACACCACUCCACGACCAGACAUCCCACGUACCACUGUGAGUACGAAAGAAAAAGCAACGAAACCCACAUCUCAAGCCGCUGCACAAUCCCCUGUUGCCGCUCGUGAACAGCUUGCUAUGGAUACUGUCUCUCCACCGACUGCUACUGCAUCGCGUCCAGCUGUGACAUCUAAGAAUCAGGCCAACACACCCAUGGCUAGGACUCGUAACUUGAGCUCACCUGUCAUGUCCCAACAACCUCAACCGCAACAGAUACACACACAAGCUUCUCGUCCACCAAUUCGUCAUCGCGCAAUACAAGCAGAUUUUGGUGCUCAGUUUCAUGACGACUCGACUUUCACGGAAGAAGAUUCCAAAUACCUGCUGCGUAUGGCUCUUGAAAUACAAAAUGUUUGUGUAGGCCGCUACCAGGAAUCUUGGAUCAACUUCGCGAAUCACAACAAAAAUCACACUGCACAGGACCUUGAACACCUCAAGGAGCAAGGCGACAAAGGAUGGAUCGAGUUCUGGGAACAUCAGGGUCAACCUAUCACAACUUUGCCAUGCAUUGAGCAGAAUAUCACUUCUGACAUCCGACCAGCACCUAUCAGAGCUACCGAACCUGAAGGAGAGUCACUGCCUCACGCCUCAGGAGCAGGAAGCACAGAACAGAACGAAGAAGUGGUGGAUACAGUGAACCAUGCCGUGAAAGCCAGAAGGAACGGCUCAUCGGAGUCUGUCAAACGAAAGCAGCAGAUUUCUGUCGACGGUGUGGAAGAACAACCACCUUCCAAACGUCGACGUACAGCAACACCGCCUUCUGUGCCAAGCAAGAUCCUUACUCCAGCCGAGACUACCGAACAACUCGACGCUGACGAGGUAGUCAGCAUCGCCAGCAAAGAUACGCCAUCACCAAGCUACCACUCGGACGAAGAAGAGGAAACAUCUGAAGAUCAAGCGGCUGAACAAUUACGACGUGAGAUGGCGGAAAAUAAGGACAGCCGUCAUCAGCUUACAAGAGCCAACCUUGCACGUAUCCAAGCAGAGAAUGGAUCGUCUGAAGAAAAGCGAGGUCUGGAUAUAGAGGAAGAUGAUGAAGAGGAAGAUCAAGCCGAUUUUGCCACCUACCUUGCAAGCAUGUUACCACCAGGCAUGAAAGACAAGGCACUUGAAACUAUCGAGACGAACGAUCAUCAAAUGGAGCAAGACGAUGAGGGCGAAGAGGAUGAAGAUGACGAAGACAUCAUCAUGUCCAACCAAGACGAAGCCGCGCUCAACUACAACCCAGCAGACCGUGAGAUCGACCCAGACCUCGACAACCCCUCCUACCAAUCCUCUGCCGAGUUUCGCGCCAACAAUUCGAACAUACACCUCGAAGCCCCUCCCACCCAAGCCUGGGAUGUCUCUUCAGCACCUUCACAAUCACAACCCCAACGUCAAAGACUAUCCACCCAAGCAAUCUAUGACGCUGAAACCCAAGCUUUCGAUGCUGAAAUCCCUUCACCACCUCCGGGAAAUGUAGAAGAAACCCAAUCCUACGCCACAGCAAACACCGACUCUCAAAUCCUGAGCACCGACGAAUUCUGGCCUUGGAUCGAUGCACAAACCGCUGCUGGAUACAUUGAAGAAGACGUUAUCUCAGCACUACGCCAGACAUCGUUUAAUCCCAAACUAGCCUCGGUGGUCCUAGAAGCCAAAGCUAGGGGUGCAGAAUUAGAUAUUGCUGGUGUAUGGACAGAAGAAGAGGACAAAAUGGUCGAAGGAAGAGACGGCAGAGCAUUGAGGAAACUACAGAACAAGCACGGUGCGGUCCGCGUGGAUAAGAGACUGCAAUUCCUCAGUGAUUGGAGAAAUGAUGAGAAAAUCGCGAAUCAGGGCGAGUGA